AUGGAACUCUCCUUUGCCGGGCCUUCGCUGGAGUCGACACGCCGAGAAGCUCUCCGCCGUCGGCUGCGACCCGCGAUUUUGGUGCUGGUUUCCUGGAGUCUUCUGGCGCUCGCGAUUUGGUCGGCCACCCAGGAACCAAGUUUCGAGAAUGACGAGUUUCCCCACUCGACGCCCUACGACUCUUACAACCUCACCUUCGCGACGGUGAUGCUGCAGAUCGUUGCGGCUUCGGCUGGUGUAGUGCUCAUGCACGCCCGGACCGACUGCCUUUUCCACCUUGGGACAAUUUUGCUCGUUAUGUGGAUCAGCGAAGCUGCCCUGGUUGUCCAGUACAUCUUGCAGUUCCUUCGUAUCAAAGACUAUGGCCUGACGGUGGCGAUAUCGCUGGGUUGCCUGCAUGGCGUAGGCUUCGGUCAUCAGAAGACGUUUAUCUUCAAUUGCAUGUCGGACAUUGAGCUUGUUCUGGCCAUAGAUCUGGGCACACGGAAAGCUGCCCGCAUGCUGUUGGUAGACGCAGUGCUCUCAAUUCUCGCUGUUACAGCAGCUGCGGCCCAACGACUCAGGGCAGAUAUGGGUUUGCACUGGCCCAACUCGGUUCGAAUACUGUCGAGCAUGGUUUGUUGGGCAUUUCUGAUUACCAGCACCAUUUUUGCUUCCCAAUCUUUCGACGUGAUGGGCCGUGUGCUCCGGCUGGCAGAGAACACAACUGCUCAUUUAGCACAGGAAGCCAAAUCACGCAGUCAGCUAUGGUUUCAAAAUGGUGACCCGGAGAUUCAGGCUACCUUUCACAAAUUGCGGAAGCACAGGCGCCACGUUUUGACCUUGUCUGUGAGUAGGCUGCUGGUUUUCGGUCACAUCAUGCUCUUCGGUGGCUUCCUGUGGCCACUUCCUGCGGACUUGAGUGCACAGGUAACCGACAGCUUGGGCGGGGGAUUUGCUGGAUAUUUGAUGACAGACUCGGUGUUUAUUACGACUCUGUACUACCUCUACCUGAUCGUCAUCAUCUGGUAUGUAUAUGGAGGUUUGUCGUCUCUUGUGGGCAUCCAUGCACGAUUCCAAGAGGAGGAGCUGCGCUUGGCGAAGCGUGCCCACCAGCAAGCAAGAUUUUCUUCCUCAAGCGAUCCGAGAUGGCAGGCUCAAGUCCAAGAUCUGGCCUGCCGUGCGAUUACCGUGGAGGUGCUGCUGGACUUCUACCAUGGCCUGGGGCGAGACUACAUGCGGGGCUUCAACCCUGACAGGCACACGACCAGUGAUGUGGUGCGGCAGGCCAUCAUUCCCCUGAGUGCAAGCGCCGGAUCCGACAUGGCAAGUAUCUUGAUGCAAGGCCAGCGAAUGCUACCCGAGGCUAUGGUCUCCCACACAUGGCGAGGCCGCUUCCGGGACUUGGUCGCGGCAGUUGUGGCUGACGGUCUCGGGGAGCAAGAGUAUGGCCGCAUUGGCAAUCUUCUGGACACCGACGUGGAUCUGAUAAAGCACUGGAUCUCCAGGGGCUGUGGACUUCAACGGACGUAUUGGAUCUGCGCCUUCUGCGUGAAUCAGCACAAGAGCAUCUGCUCACCGAUGGUUCCGCAGACAGAUUCCGUCACAGGCGCGCUAGUUCCACCAUGUGGCUGCGGGUAUCCGAAGUUCCUGAACACGGACGCACCGUGUAGAGAGGAUGGUGCCAGCAUACCAUGCGAAAUGAACAAGUUCGGGGACAUGAUGGCUUGGCUAGCCGCCAAGGACAGCUCCUUCACACACGUUCUGGCCCUGGAUCUGGAUCUGGACCUGUUGCAGAGGGCUUGGUGUGUGGCAGAGGCCGCGGAGUCGUACAUCAUGGGCAUGUCCCAGUACAUGAAGGUCAGCAGCCUGUCGAACAUAAGACGGAAAUGGGCCAAAGUGAAGAAGCUGCGCGUCGAGGACAUGUCGGCUUCCAGGCCGGAGGAUGUCGCUGAAAUCUUGCAGCGUAUUCCCAACAAGGAGGAAUUCAAUACACAGAUCCAGAAGCUGUUCGAUCGGCUCUUCGGACAGUUCUGGCACCUACCGCCGUCCGAGAGAGUGCGCGUUAUGUGCCGUGAGCUGCGAUGGAGGAUGAACAUGGUCGAGGCAAUGUCAGAGGAAGCUGCAAGCCCAAUUUCAUCCGGGAGUCAGAACAAGGGCGCGAAGUCCCCGCUGCCUCCCCUCGAAUCAGAGGCUUUCUGA